CACGUAACACAAAUUAAAUUUAAACAAACAAUAACAAAUUUCAGAGAAAUUUCAAUGCCUUCUUCAGUAGUGCAAUUUGCUGCUUCACAAAAAAGCAACAGCAAUACUAAUAGUAGUAGUAGUAAUCAUCAUGAUGAUGGAAAUGAACGGCUUGAUUCUGACCACCAUCAUCAUCCUACGGCUCACAAUGUUUCUGUUUCUACUGAAACUUUUCUUCAAACUGCCAUCUCUCUCAAAGAUCAGGUAGUAAAAAUGACAUGGAAAGGAGACGGAAGGAGUACUGGUGGUGUUACAGAUCCAACGAUGUAUACAGGUUUAUUAGGGACGGCGUUUACCUGUAUGAGGUCGUAUGAAGCAACUGGUGAUCGGAGAGACUUGCAAUUGUGCUCGGAGAUUGUUGAUGCUUGUGCUGACCUUGCUCGCACCGUCACGAGGCAUGUGACUUUUCUCUGUGGAAAAGGAGGGGUAUAUGCUCUUGGUGCUGUUGCUGCCAACUAUCGUGGGGACCAAUACAAAGGUGACUUGUAUUUGAACCAUUUCCUUGAGCUAGCACAAGAGAGAGCCCUUCCUGUUGGACCUGAAGAUGGAGGUUUUGGAAUGUCAUAUGACCUCCUUUAUGGACGAGCUGGCUUCUUGUGGGCAGCAUUGUUUAUCCGGAAGUACUUGGGCGCUGAGGCGGUGCCAGAUGAUUAUCUCAUGCCUGUAGUUGAAGCAAUAUUAGCAGGAGGGAGAGCAGGGGCAUCUGAUAACCCCACCUGCCCUCUGAUGUAUAGAUGGCAUGGGACAAGGUAUUGGGGCGCAGCUCACGGCCUUGCUGGUAUUCUGCACGUAUUACUUCAUUUUCCGCUCUCUCAAGAAGAUAUUGAAGAUGUUAAGGAAACUUUAAGGUACAUGAUGAGCAACAGGUUUCCGCAGAGUGGUAAUUAUCCUGUCAGUGAAGGGAAUCCAAGAGACAAGCUGGUCCAAUGGUCGCACGGUGCCACAGGCAUUACCAUUACAUUGUGCAAAGUAUCCGAGGUAUUGCCAAAUGAUAGGGAGUUUCGUGAUGCUGCAAUAGAAGGUGGAGAGGUAGUGUGGAAAAGUGGAUUGGUCGAGAAAGUGGGACUUGCAGAUGGUGCAUCUGGAAAUGCUUACGCCUUCCUCUCCCUGUAUCGGCUAACUGGGGAGAGUAUAUACGAAGAAAGAGCAAAAGCUUUUGCAAGUUGCUUGUAUCAAAAUGCAAGAAGGCUCAUGAACGAAAGGCAUCAUAAUGAAGCAGAUCAUUCCUUCUCCCUUUUCCAUGGAUUAGGUGCCGUUGCUUGUUUCUUGUUCGACUUACUUGCACCAAAUAACUCCAGGUUCCCAGGCUAUGAACUUUGAACUUAGCUUGUUUUACUUUAAAGAGUUCAGUUUCUACAAGGGAGAAGAAAAAGGCAAAUAAGUAGUUUCAGUAGUGCAAAGUUUAUAUAAGUCAAUUCAAAGGGUGGAAAGUAGGGUACUCUCUUGCUUCCUCGUGUGCAUAAAAUACUAGUAAGCUUAUGCAAACACAAAUCUUGUAUAUAUUUGGUGUUUAUGUACCACUUUUUAACGAAUAUGGGGUUCCUUUUCGCGACCCCUUUUACCUGCUCCCA